AUGGCUUGCAGCCUGCUUGCAGGUCUCUGGAUGUGUCAGGCGCAGCCGUACGACAUCGACAAGUCUGGGCAAAGAAGUGUCAAAACAAGGCCGCUUACCAACCAACCUGAUGAGAUCCCGUCAGCGAUGCAUACCUCUCCCACUCCAAUUGCGCUGCAACCCCGCGAAACCCCUCUUCCUGUUGCUGCCCGACAGGAAGAGACAGGUUUCCAUGUCAUAACUCAGACGAUCUAUCGACCGAGCUCAACUUUCGUCACAUACGUUACACUAGGCAGUGGGCCACCGACAUCAUACUCCGAUGGCAACCCGGCUGAUCCGCCAUCGGCCGCUUCUCCGACCGCGGAUCCACCUCCUCCGGACCGAUCAAGCGGAUCCCUAUCAAGCGCACAGAUAGGGGGCAUUCUGGGCGGCAUCGUCGCUUUCGUUGCCAUCGCUCUUAUUGCUUGGUUUUGCAUUUCUCAAAAUAACAGAAGACCAGGACCGCCGCCGGACUGGGACUCCUUGUACGACUAUGACUCUUCCUCCGAAAGCGGCUUUACCGGGUCCCGGGGGCCUAGGACGCCGAGGGCACCCCCACCUGUUCAUCCGGGCCGGGCCGGCCGGCGAAUGCAGUACGUUCAGAUGCCACAAGGGCCGCCACCGCCAACUUAUCACAUCAAUCGUUACGACGCAUGGAAACCCAAGUUCAAUGGGCCAGUACGUCGCCAGCAGCCACCGCCGCCCCAACGCUAUCGGACACGGGUUCCCUGA